GCUUUAAAAGCACCGGAGCCGGCCUCUAAAACAAAGCGCGCUGCGUCAUCGACCCGGGGAGACUUUGAAAAAUACGUGGAGAAAAUAAAAAUAAAAACUCCGAAGCGAACCAAAUUCUCCUCACCAACCCGCUGCCUGCUGCCCGAUCCAUUUAUUUCAGUUUGACAUCGUCUGCUCUGAGAUAAGAGUCAGAUUUCUGUGCUUCACGGUGCAUCAGGUGAAGCAGUUUAAUACUUGAGAAUAACAUCAUCAGCGGAGCGGGCUUUGGAGAAAGUUGCGCAGCGCUUGUUGAAUGCAGGACACCUUCAGCCCGAGCGUCAGACCCAACUUCGGCUUUGGAGCGGGAGCCGGGAAGGCGCGGGGACUUCUCACUUCUCUCACCACCGAUAUGAAGUCUGCAGAGGAAGAUGCAUACAACUACACACCAAACGUCAGCCUGGCCCUUCCACUUGGUAUGGGAAACCCUUGUCUGCCCACUCAGUAUCACACCCUACAGUCCAGCCCUGUCAUCUCAGUUUCCUCUUGCCACCAGACAGGUUACGACCUUCAAAAUGAAAACCAUCCAGUGUCUGGUUAUUACUUGCCUCAAGGCUUGAGACCCAAUGGUGCUCCAGCCCUAGAAAGCCCUCGUAUAGAGAUCACUGCCUACAGCCAGUACCCAGAAAAUGAGGUAGAAGAGAGCAGAGGUGAGGAUCACAUCAUUAAGCGAGGUGUCAACUCCAUUGUCACAUUGACACUGCCUAAUGCUGAUGGGUACCGUGAUCCCAGUUCUCUAAGCCCUGCCAGUAGUGUGUCGUCACGCAGCUGUAACUCAGAUGCUUCAUCAUAUGAGUCUGGCUUCUACAACUAUGACAAUUCCCCACAGAACUCCCCUUGGCAGUCUCCCUGUGUUUCUCCUCGAGGUUCUUCCUCACUUCUGUCAUGUCCACAUGCAGCUGGCCCAGCAACAGGCUCCCCUCACCAUUCGCCCUCCACCUCCCCUCAAAUAGGAGCAAUGGCAGAGGAGGUCUGGCCAGCCCAACCUCGUGGCUCCAGGCCAAACUCCCCAUCUUGCAGUGGAAGUGGCGGAGGUAACACUGGUGGCAUAGGGAAGAGAAAGUAUAGCUUCAAUGGCUCCUCCUACCAUCAGACAUACUGCUCACCAAUUCAGUCACCCACUCCUUCACCACAUGGUUCCCCCAGGGUCAGCGUCACAGAUGAGAACUGGCUCGCCAACACCAACCAAUACACUAACUCUGCCAUUGUGGCUGCCAUCAAUGCUCUGACCACAGAUGGGGUGGUAGAUAUGGGGGAGGGAAUCCCAAUCAAGACACGGAAGACCAUGCUAGACCUUACCCCGUCCAUGAGCUUGAAAGUGGAACCUGGUUGUGAGGAGCUGGGUCCAGAUGGGGAGCUUUGCCAUGAGGACUAUCCCUCACAUCUGGGACUGAAGAAGGAGAACUAUGGUGGAGGGUUUCUGGAUGUGCCCCAGCAUCCAUUCUCCUGGCCAAAGCCCAAGACUUACCUGAGCUUUAUGGUUACAUGGAAAGCGAGCCACUCACCCUGCAGCUGUUCAUCGGGACCGCAGACGAUCGCCUCCUGCGACCACAUGCCUUCUACCAGGUCCACCGGAUCACUGGCAAAACCGUCUCUACUGCCAGCCACGAAGUCAUGCAAUCCAACACCAAAAUCCUGGAGAUCCCUCUGCUGCCUGAAAAUAACAUGAGGGCAAUAAUCGAUUGUGCAGGAAUCCUGAAGCUGCGCAAUUCAGACAUUGAGCUACGUAAAGGAGAAACAGACAUUGGACGGAAAAACACCCGUGUGAGGUUGGUGUUUCGUGUCCACAUCAACCAGCCCAAUGACAGGACGGUGUCCCUCCAGGUUGCUUCAAACCCCAUUGAAUGCUCUCAACGCUCAGCUCAAGAGCUUCCUUUGGUGGAGAAGCAGAGCAUGAACAGCUACCCUGCUACUGGAGGCAAAAUGAUGCUUUUGAGUGGUCUCAACUUCCUCCCUGAGUCCAAGGUGGUGUUUGUGGAAAAGGCUCAAGAUGGGCACCAUCUUUGGGAGACAGAAGCCAAAGUUGACAAGGAUUCCAUCAAAUCUAGUACUCUUGUUGUGGAGAUCCCACCCUACAGAAAUCAGAGAAUAUCCAGCUCCGUGCAGGUCAACUUUUACGUCUGCAAUGGCAAGAGGAAGAGAAGCCAAUAUCAACGCUUCACCUACCUGCCUCCAAACGUGCCGAUAAUAAAGACUGAACCCACUGAUGAAUAUGAUUCUCUUGGAACUGUUGGGCUGUCCAUUCAUUCAAAGCCCUUCUAUGGCCAGCCCAGGCUUGCUCCCAUCAUGCCUGUAACUGAACCUGACACCUGCCUGGUUGGUAGCUACCCUAGCUGCCCGCCUCGACAUGCUGUCAUGCCACCAUCAUCCCCCAGUUCCAGCCCUACCCUGCAUGAUCUGUCCCCUGUGGCAUACAGCAAGUGCCUCCCCAACAGCCCCACCCAUGCAGCACCGCCAGGCACUAUGGUUCCACCCAUUCAGGAGACCCCUUGUUGUCCCAGCCUUGCCCACCCAUCAUCUCCAGACCACAACUCUUCACUGGGGAUGCUCCACUCCCAGGGGAGCCCUAAUCAUCUCAACAGUCCUGGACCCCAAGGUUACCACCAUUCCAUCUACGCUAACAGCAGCUCUUCAUCUUCCCCGGUGUCCCAGCCUUCCACUCCUGGCGGGCCUGCAGAGAGUUCGUUUGUUCAAGCCUACAGCCCUAGUCAGUCAGCAAGUAACUCAGCCCCAGAUGGAGAGAGCGCCCCCAGUCUCCUACCUGAAGAUGCUGCUCCGCCAUCAAUGGCCAUCACCGUCAAGCAAGAACCCCAAGAACUGGAUCAGAUGUAUCUAGAUGAUGUGAACGAGAUCAUCAGGAACGAUCUCUCCACCAUUUCUGUGCACACGCAUGCAUAGAAAUCCAGAUAUCCUCUGCUACAGCGUGCACACACUCACACUCCAGCAGCAAGAUCAACCCAACAGAGGACAAGAAAAAAUAGCAUUGAGGUCCAGAAUAUGAGAAAGAAAAGCUUUGACCAGGAUCUCCUACUUAACCAUCAUUACCAUCCUCCCCUCUUUGCUCAAAAACUUGUUGCAGACCCAGUCUGACAACCACUGGCAAGCUCAAUUUGAAUAGACAUAUUACAUUUGAAAAAAGGGAAGUGAUAUCAGUGGCAAAGUAUGUGACUACACUUGCCUUAAUCCACAGCAGAUGGUUUAUUAUUAUUAUUAUUAUUAUUAUUAUUAUAUAUUUUUUGUGGACCAAGCAGCUGAAUAAGACUGAAUUACUCUCGUACCAAUGACAAUCUUUGUUUUAACUAUGACCACUAUGUAAGUGCAUGGACAAGCUAAUAGGACAGUAAGUGUUGGGCUUUAUCCCUUCAAUUCAUUGGUUUGUGCAGGUGGUCAGCAACAACCAAACUGGUGCCUUACAGCAGAGAUACUGACAGCACACAUGCAAAGUGGUUCAUCCAAACCCAAAGCAGAAGUUUUUAUAUGAUGUUUUUUGUAUAAUUUCGAUGAUUUGUUUACAGGGAAACUGAGUAAAAACGAUUGGAGAAUAUGUUAACUGUAUGUGAAUGCAUGACAAUUGUGUCCUUAUCUAAAUAUUAUUAUCUUUGCUCAUUCAUGUUAAUUUUCAUGGAUGAUAUAAUUUUGUAUAAACAUUUCUGGUAAAAUAUGUAUGCCUUAAGCUUGUAUCAUAAAAAUUUUCUAUGUACUUUAGACUUUUCCCUUUGUCUCUCCCCGCUGUAAUUUACCCUCUGUCCUGCCUUCUUUUCUUUUCACCUUAGUGCCUGUUUUUAAAUCACUUUUUUCUCUGUCUUCCUGUCAUCAAGUAAGAUCUUGUCACAGCAAUGCAAAGACAAUCAGAGAACAUUAAGUGCAAAUCUUAUGACAAAAGAUCCUAUUUAACAGGAGCUUUUAAAAGCAGGUGUUUUGUUUUUGACAUAGAUGAACAAAGGUAUGCCUACCUGCUGAUUUGAGAAUGCCGUUAGACAUUUCUUGCACUGCAGGUUUGCCUCAUAAAUAGGCAAAGGCAUUAUUGUACAGUAAAUGUGCUCAGUUUUACUCAUCAUCUUGGUGGUUUAAUGAGGAGUUGGCAAGACUGUUACAUCCUUACAGCUGGCAAUAAUUGAUCUUGUAGUGAACCAAAGAAUUUUAUCUUUGGCGAAAUUAUUGCCCAACUUUUCCUUCUUCUGUGUGAGACUCAGUGUAGCAUGGUUUCCCCGUUCAUUAAACAUUAUGCACUUUACAGCAGAUAAAAAAACAGACUCUUCUUGCCUCCUGACCAAAUAUUGUAGAAUGAUUUCCACUCUUGUGUCACAAACAUAUGUUUACUCUUCUCAUAUGAAGCUGCAACCUUUUUCUGUGAUUUGUCUUUUGGAGCAUGCACACCAUACUAAUGCUGGGAAUCAUUUAGCGGAUAUUAGCUUCUAGAAUAGCUUCUUAAUAUGUUUUUGACAUAAUCUAUAAUAGCAUGACUAAACUGUAUGAAUAAAAUUCCUAUUUUGUGCCUUACUUGCUUUCAAUCGUAAAAAAAUGAUGCAGCUGUGUAAUGCUUCUCUGUAUAGGCACAAAGUGAAUUGUUUCUUUCAAAUAUGACAUAUUUAUGACAAAUAAAAAUUGUUUAAAGUGGUUUCAAUUAA